AUGUCUGAAUUAGAUACUACCUCAAGACUUAAAGCGCCUCCUCAACAACUUGAAAGUCUUUCGCCCCUUGCAGUAGGAGACCAAAAGUUAGAUCGGCAUCUAGGCUAUUUUAGCGGAGUAAUGAUAAAUGUUGGACAAAUCAUUGGUACUGGCAUCUUUUCUAAUCCUGCUCUCAUUUUGAUCAAUUGUGGUUCAGGUGGAAUGAUGCUCAUACUUUGGGUUGUUGGCGCUAUUUUUGCUACAACAGGCGUAUGGAACUAUCUUGAGCUUGGUACCAUGCUGCCUAAAAGUGGCGGAGAACAAGAAUACCUUAGCUAUCAAUACCCUCGGCCUAAAGAACUUAUUUCAUUCAUAUUUCUUAUUAUGAUUGGUAUCAUUUCUCGUGGAGCUGGUCUUGCACAGGGCGCGACAGUCUUUGGUAGCAAUAUAAUCUACGCUAUUGGUGGACCAAACUACACCAACGAUUGGGGAGCUCGUGGGUUUGCUGUCUUUUGUCUCACAUUUUGGUUUGUACUGAAUGUUUUCUCAGCAAAGGUUGCCAUAAGAGCAAGUAAUGUAUUCACAAUCAUCAAGAUUGGCUUAUUGGUUCUCUUGAUUUGCGUUGGUUUUGCUGGACUUGCUGGUCGACUUCCAAACCAACCUGAUCUUGCUGAAAACUUCUCUUUUCAUGGUACUCUUGACAAUGCAGGAUCUUAUGCCAGUGCUAUUUAUUACGUUAUUUACGCCUAUGGAGGAUGGUAUAAUCUCAAUUACGUUUUGGAUGAACUCAAAGAUCCAAUCAAGAACCUACCUCGCUGUGCUAUUAGUGCUCUUGGUCUUACAACGGCGCUUUACUUGCUUGCCAAUGUGGCCUAUCUUGCCGUUCUACCUGUAGCUGUGAUCAAGGCUUCCAAACUGACUGUGGCUGCCAAUCUAUUUCAUAUAGCAUUAGGUGGUAUAUUUGGAUCUCGUGUCUUACCUGUACUUGUCGGCUCUUCAUCAUUUGGUUUUGUAGGCGUCAUUUUCUAUUCCGGGUCUCGUGUGGUAUUAGAAGCUGCUCGCAAAGGCUAUUUACCCUACGAUCGCUUCUUUAGUAAAGUUCAUCCCCGACUUCAGACGCCUGUGAGUUCAUUGGCUUUGCUUUAUGCGAUUGCUUUGAUAUUUCUACUGGCUCCUCCACCAGGCUCUGUGUUUCAGUUUAUUGUUGCUUUUGCUGGUUAUGGUAGUUACUUUUUCUCUGCUCUUAGUGUCAUUGGGUUAUUGAUCCUUCGUCGUACUCAACCAGACAUUAAGCGCCCUAUCAAGGUGCCCGUCUUUGUCUCCAUAAUUUUCAUCAUUAUUUGCUUUUACACCUUGGUCUUUGUCUUUGUGCCACCUACUACAAAACCCUCUGGUUAUCCUUAUUGGCUCCCAUAUAUUGUUACUAUUAUCAUUGCUUUUUGCUCUAUUGGGCUAUGGCACUACAAGAUCAAUAUCACAAAAGCACUUGAGAAUUCGUACAAUGCUGAGAUACGUUUAGACGGCCAAGGUGAACUUUACCAGGAUGUCUAUAAAGACUAUGCUAGUACAGCUAAUAGCAACCCUGAUUCCUCUAGUAUAUAUAGUACGAAAAAAGUUGAUUAUGUCUCUGAUACUGUUUUCAAAUAA